AUGGCUGAAACAGAAUCUUUGAUUGACCUUGGCAAGAGGAGAGACCAACUAAUUCUGCGUAGAUCAGGAUUAGCCGCGCAAAUCGAAGAGUUCAAAAACGAGCUGAAAGUCAGCGGGGAGCAAGAUGAUACCUCAGAUCAAAUACGACAAGGGUCAAGUGCGCAACUUGAAACGAAAACAAGUGACGUUGACGAUUUUGUUGACAAGUUCCUUGAGCGGUCGAGAGUUUUGGGGAGGUAUGGUACUCUUCCAUCAGAUGAUUGGCCCACACGAUUGAAGUAUCUGGGUCGGUUCUUUCCUCUGAUGGAAAUAUCCAAAGUGGAGGAAACUCUGAAAGACGGUUUGAAACAAUUGGAAUUUUGUUUCGAGCUCAAAAACAUGUUUUCGUUCGAUUUGGCUGUGGAGUUCGACCUAAAACAGGAGACUCUAUCCAGGUUCGAGGUGGUGCGACAGAGCCUCCCGAUUCCCGAGGCUCUGGAGUUCACAUUACGCUGUCAACAAUUAGGGGAUGUAUCGGGCUUCAUUUUUGGAAUCAAUUCUUAUGCCCAGAAACGACAAUUGCGGCUGCAAACCUGGUGUUCGCUUGCGGAGAAGUACGAAGACACGUUUGAUCUGGGGAAAAUCGGUUCAAAAACAUCUCAGGAGUCACCAGAUGUUGCUCUGCUACGACGCAUCGUUGCUUAUCAACAAAGUGACUCGAUUUCUUUCACUCAUGCCGAGAAAACUGUGCUUAUUAUGUGGAAACUAGGGUGGGGCUUGGACGACCCCACCAUGGCGUGCGCCAGCGAAAUAACCGCAUCCAUCAUUGAGCGUGGUCGCGCUGCAGAUGUUUCUGAGGUGGUGAACGACGCGGUAGUUACGAUGGGAGUUAUGACGGGAAUUUGUACGGUUGUCGAGGGGUUGUUAAGUGCAUAA